GCGUCCCCACAACCAGGACAGCCUACUUCUUGACCUUAUUAAUAAGUCGCUGCGUGUCGCGACUGACCAUUUUGGCCCGGACUUGCGUGCUUGUGAUUUGUGCUUCGACUAGAUCCGCGGGCACCAAGGGACGCGGACAGCUGAUAGUCAAGAACUAGAUCCUCUGGGAGCGUCUGGGGCUGUCCCCGCUGCUCGCCAAGGAAAUGAAGUCUCUCUGCCAUGAGCUCGCUGGCCCCAGCGUUACUGGGUGCGGCCGGCGAAGCCUCCGGAAGGCUUUCAGCGGUGCCAAGAUUGCGCAGGUCUCUCGCCCCGCUGUGCUUAACAGCGUGCAGCGCCAACAGCGUCUCGCCUGUUCUGCCGUGGCCGAGCUCUCCGCUGCUGAGCUGCGCGCCAUGAAGGUGUCUGAGGAGGACUCCAAGGGCUUCGAUGCGGAUGUGUCGACCCGCCUGGCCCGCUCGUACCCUCUGGCGGCCGUGGUGGGCCAGGACAACAUCAAGCAGGCGCUGCUGCUGGGCGCCGUGGACACCGGGCUGGGCGGCAUCGCCAUCGCCGGUCGCCGCGGUACCGCCAAGUCCAUCAUGGCUCGCGGCCUGCACGCUCUGCUGCCGCCCAUUGAGGUGGUGGAGGGCAGCAUCUGCAACGCCGACCCCGAGGACCCCCGCUCCUGGGAGGCUGGCCUGGCUGAGAAGUAUGCGGGCGGCCCUGUGAAGACCAAGAUGCGCUCGGCGCCGUUUGUGCAGAUCCCUCUGGGUGUGACUGAGGACCGCUUGGUGGGCACUGUGGACAUUGAGGCGUCCAUGAAGGAGGGCAAGACUGUGUUCCAGCCCGGCCUGCUGGCUGAGGCGCACCGCGGCAUCCUGUACGUGGACGAGAUCAACCUGCUGGAUGACGGCAUUGCCAACCUGCUGCUGUCCAUCCUGUCGGACGGAGUCAACGUGGUGGAGCGCGAGGGCAUCUCCAUCAGCCACCCCUGCCGGCCGCUGCUGAUUGCCACCUACAACCCCGAGGAGGGCCCUCUGCGUGAGCACCUGCUGGACCGCAUCGCCAUUGGCCUCAGCGCCGACGUCCCCAGCACCAGCGACGAGCGCGUCAAGGCCAUUGACGCAGCCAUCCGCUUCCAGGACAAGCCGCAGGACACUAUUGACGACACCGCGGAGCUCACCGACGCCCUGCGCACCUCGGUCAUCCUGGCUCGCGAGUACCUGAAGGACGUGACCAUCGCGCCGGAGCAGGUGACCUACAUUGUGGAGGAGGCGCGCCGCGGCGGAGUCCAGGGGCACCGCGCGGAGCUGUACGCGGUCAAGUGUGCCAAGGCGUGUGCGGCUCUGGAGGGCCGUGAGCGUGUGAACAAGGAUGACCUGCGCCAGGCCGUGCAGCUGGUCAUCCUGCCGCGCGCCACCAUCCUGGACCAGCCCCCGCCCGAGCAGGAGCAGCCCCCGCCGCCGCCCCCGCCCCCUCCCCCGCCGCCGCCGCAGGACCAAAUGGAGGACGAGGACCAGGAGGAGAAGGAGGACGAGAAGGAGGAGGAGGAGAAGGAGAACGAGGACCAGGACGAGCCCGAGAUCCCUCAGGAGUUCAUGUUUGAGUCCGAGGGCGUCAUCAUGGACCCCUCCAUCCUCAUGUUCGCGCAGCAGCAGCAGCGCGCGCAGGGCCGCUCCGGCCGCGCCAAGACGCUCAUCUUCAGCGACGACCGCGGCCGCUACAUCAAGCCCAUGCUGCCCAAGGGUGACAAGGUCAAGCGCCUGGCAGUGGACGCCACGCUUCGCGCCGCCGCGCCCUACCAGAAGAUUCGCCGGCAGCAGGCCAUCAGCGAGGGCAAGGUGCAGCGCAAGGUGUACGUGGACAAGCCAGACAUGCGCUCCAAGAAGCUGGCCCGCAAGGCCGGUGCGCUGGUGAUUUUUGUUGUGGACGCGUCCGGCUCCAUGGCUCUGAACCGCAUGAGCGCCGCCAAGGGCGCCUGCAUGCGCCUGCUGGCUGAGUCGUACACCAGCCGCGACCAGGUGUGCCUCAUCCCCUUCUACGGCGACAAGGCCGAGGUGCUGCUGCCGCCCUCCAAGUCCAUCGCCAUGGCCCGCCGCCGCCUGGACUCGCUGCCCUGCGGCGGCGGCUCGCCCCUUGCGCACGGCCUGUCCACGGCGGUACGUGUGGGCAUGCAGGCCAGCCAGGCGGGCGAGGUGGGCCGCGUCAUGAUGGUGCUCAUCACGGACGGCCGCGCCAACGUCAGCCUGGCCAAGUCCAACGAGGACCCCGAGGCGCUCAAGCCCGACGCGCCCAAGCCCACCGCCGACUCGCUGAAGGACGAGGUGCGCGACAUGGCCAAGAAGGCCGCGUCCGCCGGCAUCAACGUGCUUGUCAUUGACACGGAGAACAAGUUCGUGAGCACCGGCUUUGCGGAGGAGAUCUCCAAGGCAGCGCAGGGCAAGUACUACUACCUGCCCAACGCCAGCGACGCCGCCAUCGCGGCGGCCGCGUCCGGCGCCAUGGCCGCGGCCAAGGGCGGCUACUAGGUGCCGAGUGACUGAGGUGGCAAGGUGCAGUGGCGGCGGAGGCAGUUGUGCUGGGGUGGCAAGGCGGACAGGCGAAGCUGGUGGGUUGCGACGAGGAGGAGGUGCACGUGCACGCGUAACAUAAGAAGAACAGUGGGAGGACAGGUAGCGUGACUUGACUGGGACGAGGAGCGUACUGAUGUGUGGCGUGUGUUGGUAUGUGAGCGUUACCCCUCCCCUAGAUAGCGGCGGUCUCCACUUUCAGGAGGAUGAGAGCCAUCAUGAGGCUUUGAGGGGGCACUGGUUCGUGUGUAGGCUGAGGCUGCUGUUGAAGUCACAAGGCAGCACUGCAUGCGCGAGUGAGUGUGGCCGGAUAUGCAUCGAGUUGCAGGUACACUGAAAUGAGGUGACUGCGGCGUAUAUCGCUGCCAGUACAGGUUGAAGCGGCGGGCACGGUGAAUGGAGUACUCGGCCUGGAACGCUUGCGAUCAGAUGGUCGAGCUCAAGAAGAUUUGGUUGAGCCGUUGGGUCGUGCGUCAUAUUAUGGCUUGCAUCUUCGGGGAGCGGCAAGAAACGGACUCCAAUGCAGGCCCUCGGGCGAGAAAGAUUGGGCGUGUCCGGGGGUGCAUUCUCGCCGCGUGGGGCUGCAUCGAAUUUCGCUUGAGUGCCCCUUCCCGGGGAGGGGGGGCGGUAGUUCAACCCCAUCAUCGUAGGGGGGUUGUAAAUGCCAGCCCAA